AUGUGGCUCUUUGCAGCCAUCAGCGUCACGAUCGCCACGCCGUGCGUCCGCUCGUGGCUCGAGGCGCUCUUCGCCGAGCUCUCCAUCGUGUUCUUCACGUACCUCAAGCUCGUGUCCAUCGCCCUCACGCUCGUGCUGCUGCUUGCGCUUGGGUUCCACACCCACCGCUUUCUCUAUCGUCGUCGCUCUCUCGCUCCAGAGACCUGUACCACGUCUCUUUCUAACGCUGUUGCAGCCAAGAACAAAGCGCUCGGUCACGUCCAAUGGAGACGCGGCACGAAGCGGCACGCGCUUUUGCUUCGUGUGAAGAGCACGACCAGCGAAAUCGCCGGCAGCGGCUUUUAUCCGCCGCAGCUCUGGACGUUGGCGCUCGUGGUGCUCACGAUGCUGCCGAUUAUCAACAGUGUCAUGGUCGGAGGAGGAAGGGGAGAGAGAGGAGAAGAGGGGAGGACGGCGUCGAACUUCCACGGCAGCUUCAAGCACGAGACGGCGACUGCAGUAGCUGCUGAUGCUGUUGCUGCUGCUGCGCUCGUCGUUUUGCAGCAGCAAUUGACAACGUGUCGAUCUUCGGAAGGAGACACUUGUCUGGACAAUGUCACGAAGAUAGCUGAACUGGGCGAGUAUCGACAGGCUGCAGGGUGCUGUGUGGCAUUUGAUGCUGCUUAUGUGGACGGGGCACAAACCGAGACGACGAUGUUGGCUCAAUACUUUCCCAUAGACGUGCAAGAAGCUUAUAAACAUGGCUAUGACAACAACUUUUCGGCCUGGUCGGACAUUAACCAGGAGGCGUUCCGGACAGAUUGCUCGCUGCUGUAUAACGAGACGGUGAAAGGAGAAGCUCAGGAGCUCUUGUGCUGCACGGAAACGCAGUACGAGAUGCUGAGCUCUCGAUUGCGGCAACUGCCAGGGCAAUGCGCAUCUUGCAAAGAGAAUGUACACAACUUGUGGUGCCAGUUCACCUGCCACCCUAGCAACAGUUUGUUCGUAGAUGUGACCCAGGUGCGGCUACUGGAAGGAGACGUGGAUCACGCGCACGAGGUCUUUCCUGUCAUUGAGGAAGCCACGUACUACGUUGGUCGCGAUGUCGUGAGUGACCUGCACGACUUUUGUGAGGCGGAUGCAGAAUUUGCACCGUUGGUGUGUGGCACAAACAAGGAGAACUGCUCGACGACAGGCUUGGACAUGUUGAAGUAUUUGAGCGCGUACAGUUUUCACAGUGUCGGGUCAUCGUCGCAGGUUCACUUUACGACGAUGGAGCACCUCACAGUGGCAGAGCAGGAACAGACUAUCUGUACGUGUGGCAACACGAACACAACUGGUUGUUUUGCACCGAUGAAUACGCGGCUGGAAUCUUGUGCGGACACAUGUGGUUCAUUGUGUGCUGUGGCUGUUGAUGGCAGGCGUCAGUACGAGUCCGUAUGCUAUAAUUCCAGCAGCUCUUUGGUGCUGGAUGAUCUGAGCGUUCCCACUUACAACAGCACGCUUGCUGCCAGUGAUUCCAGCACUACAAGCCAGAUUGGAUCCUUGCUGUCCGAAUUGUCGUCUCGUGUAGAAGAUGGUGACGUGAUAGUGCUGAAUUAUGUGCUGGCUGUGCUCGCCUCCUUCUGGUUGACUGCACUAGCACUCGGCUUUGCUUACUCUGCACGAUACAGCAAGAAAAAGCGCGAAUCUGUGCUGACUGACCCUGUCAACGGGUCAAGAGGCCGCGGGAUGCUGCUGCCGCUGACGGAUGUAGAUCGACUGGAAGGCAUUAGCCGCUGGGACGAUUGGCUGACACAGCAUUUGAAGCGCUGGGGCGACUUUGUCGCGAUGGGAAAUCAUCCGCUGUACAUUGUCCUUUUGUCGCUGAUGGUUGUAGUGUGCUGUUCAAGUGGCUUAGCUCGAUUGGAAGUGGAAUCGGAGUCAAUGAAGCUGUGGGUGUCGGAAGGCAGUGCUGUUUUCCAGGAGAGAGCGCGCUUUGAAAAGAUGCUCGGUCCUCUCGAUCGGGUGGAGCGACUGGUACUUGUAACAAAGGACGGCGGUGCAGUGACCAGGUCGGCGUAUCUGAAGGAAGCGAUCCGGUUGCAGCUGAUCAUUGCAAACGAAGUUACGUCCGGCAAUAGCACGCUCAGUGAUAUUUGUCUGAAGGAUGCCUUGACAUCGUCCUGUCAGGUACACGCGGUCACGCAGUACUUUCAGAACAAUGUGGAGCACUUUGAAGUGUAUGAGACGUAUGGUCUGGUCGACAAACACCUGAGCAAUUGUGCGAAUUCUCCCGAGCGAGCAGACAGCGAUGUGUGCAGCGAGUUGCAAGCGCAGAUCAAUGCGUCAUCUGGUACAUCUUUGCCUGCCAGCAUGAACGAUUGCCCGUGUCUGUCAUCUUUCGGUGCCCCGAUGCUGGAGCUGGAAAAGUAUCUUGGUGGAAUCACUGCGAUGGGUGACUCGCUGGAUGCAAACACUCUUCUGCAGCAAGGGUCUACUCUCUUGUCGACAGUUGCAGUGGUCAACCAUCAGGAUACAGCCAAGAAUAUCGAUGCGAUAGCUUGGGAGCGCGCGUUUCUUACACGAAUGAAGAAAGAGGCGGAUGCCAACGAGUUGUAUGACGUUUAUUAUGCUGCUGAGACGUCUGCGGAGGAUGAGUUUGCGAAUGCCUUGGACUUGGACGUCGUAUGCAAGGCGGGGUUUGCAGGCUUUGUCUUCACGUUUGUCUAUGUGGUCGUCGGACUCAAUCAUUGGAAGCUGGACCGCUCCUUCUUCUAUUCGUCAAAGAUCGGUGUUGGCGUGAUGGGAGUCGCAUGCAUCUUGAUGUCCAUAGGCGGAACAUUGGGAUUGAUUGCGUGGACAGGUGCAAAGCUUCAGGUCGUGACGCUUGUCACGCUUCCGUCGGUUGUGCUUGCAAUUAGUACGGGCAACAUCUUCUUGAUUCUUCAUGCUGUUGACCUGAAACAGGAUGAGUUGAAGAUGGAACAGCAGUCUUUGUUUGUCGGGCUCGAAGACAACGAUUUCGGCGUCCACGAGAUUACGUGCGUGCUCCUUUGUGAGGCUACUGGUCACAUCGGUCCCAGCAUAAUCGUGACUACUGUGUGCGAAUGCUGCAUUCUUGCUGUGGCUGCGUACUCGGCAAUGCCAGCUGCUCAGUGGCUUGCUGGCUCGCUAGUUGUCGGUAUUGCAGUCAGUUUGGCAUUGCAGAUGACUCUGUUUCUCGCGAUUGUGGCACUUGACAAACGUCGCGAAUUGAGCGGCACGUAUGACGUGAUCUGUUGCAAGCGCGCCUCAUUUGCUCGUCGCUCUCAUCUUUCGGAUGGAACGACUGCUACAACCGAAAACUCGUCGUUUUCAGGGAGCUCGUUUUCCCUGCCCACUUGGAACUUGACGGACCGUUGUGUCAUGGGCUACCUCAAGAUCUUGACAACGAAGACAAUGGAGAGUGGUCUGGUGCCAACCUCAUUUAUUCCAUCCAGCUCGUACCUGCACGCGUACUACCGCGCACUCGAUGAAAGCAGCCUGUCACGUAAAGAGUUCCCCGUCUAUUUCGUGGUUGAAGCCGGCUACGGCAGCAAUCCUGAUGGUUACAGUCUCGUGAACGACAGAGAAACUCAGCGCAAGUUGUGCACCUCACGGGAGGUUUGUGCCAACCUGUCGAUUCCGAAUAUUCUCAGUAACCUGGUGAAAGAGGGUGUAAGCAAUGUGACAUCAUUCAAAAAUGGCCCAGCAGUCGGCUCGUGGCUGGAUGAUUUCUGGGGCUUCAUUGACCCGGACAGCGAAUGCUGCCGCAUUGAACUGGAAAACGACUAUGCGUACUCCCCUCUGCGCCCAGAAGAGAGCACAGCAGAAUAUGUUCGUGAACGCGUCACCUCGACUUCUUCGUGCUUGGCAGAUGCAAGCGAGGUUGUAUCUGUGCCGCGCGAGUCGUUCAUACCAUUGGUUCGGAUGUUCUAUACAACAGCGUCGGGGCCGCUCUGCUCAUAUGCUGCUGGCCCGCGCUACCGUGGGCAGCUGAGUAUUGACAGACGCGCCAUUCCUGCCAUGAACGGCAACACGACUCUGACGUUGAAUGGCUCUGGUUAUGGCAACGAUGUCACUGCGUUUGCGUACAAGGUCAUGAGCACUGCAGCUCGGCUUGUCCACAGCGAGCAGACUGACAUCGACAUUUGGGUGUACUCACCGGAGUACGUUUUCUUGGAUCAGUUUCACUCCGUACGUCACGUGGCAUACAUUCUGCUAAGCGUCGGUCUUGCUGUGAUAUUUGUGCUGCAGAGCGCAGCUCUUGGAAGCUGUGGGUAUGGUUUGGCAGUGACUUUCAUUGCUGCAGCCACGGCGGUCCAAGUUGCUGGUCUGAUGACGUCAAUGGGCAUGUUUCUCAACCCGCUUUCGAUCGUGAAUUUUGCAAUCGCUGUCGCCUUUUCUGUGGGCUUCUCUGGACACUUUGCCCGUUUGUUUGCCAAGGCCCGUAGUCUCACGGAUACUUUUGGCUACCCCCUUGCGGGAGAUGUCUGCGUGGAGAAAGUGAUGAUGCAGCUGCUGACACCUUGGACGCUAGGUGUCGCUAUGUCCAAGUUUGUGGCCAUCGCUGCGCUCGCUUUGGUAGCAACACCUGCUGGCAACUGUUUUUUCCGAGCUUCGGUUGCUGCAGCAGUGUGCGCUUGGCUGAACAAUGCAUUGCUGCUGCCUGUGGUCCUCAGUAUUCUAGUGGAUGCUACGGAAGGCCGUGUGCGUGAAGUGAAGUCUACGACCGAGGAAGGUGACGAGUACUCGUGUUCGAGUCCUUCUUCGUCGUACCACGACGUGUCAGUAGUUGGCUUUUACUGA